UAUUUUUUUGAUUUUUCAAUUCUUAUACAGUAAUAGGUUUUAAUAAUCAAUAAUAAUAAAUAUAAAAAAUUCCGACAAAUUUUCUGUGAGAACCAUGUGCGAAAUAAAAUCCAACUUUGUGACUUACGACAUGGUGCACAAUCUGAGGUGCAACAAGCGAGGACCCAGAAUGAAGCACGAUAUGAAACCGAAGAAAACCUGGCCCGGAGCGCGGUUCAUGUGUGUUACCAAGGAUGGAGAUCUGAACACGGCAGCUUACUGCUUGGCCGAGGCUAUGCACGAACCGUUUCUGCCAUUUCCAAUGGCCACAGUGGCGGUUCAAAGCUGCAUACGGGAGGAUUUUAUUGCCCGGGUUAGAAGUCGGUUCCGGCAGGUGAAACCGCACGUGGCAAAUCAUCCGAAUUUCGAGCGAUCUCUGGCGGCUUUAAAACACGGACCUCAUCCCGUCAGCUAUGUCCUGGCCGAUGAGGCGGAUGCCCCGGCUUGUGCCAGUCCUAUUUUGGUUACCGACACGGUCACUCAGCUGUAUUUUCCCAGCGGCGCUUCAGGAGCCACAACGUUGCACUCAUUCAACACGAUGGAUGAGGUGGCGGAGAUCUUCGGAUACGAGACCCCGAAAUUUAAUGCCAUUUACUUCUUCGACGAGGGCGUCAAAGACAUCUAUAACCUGGCACCCUUGGUCGAUUGCUCCCAAUUUUUUGUUAACUGUAUGGAUGCCUGCUUGUUGGAGAUAAUGCCGUACUUUUAUGAGAAAAAGCCAAAGGUCUUAUUUAAACGGGGCUAUCACUACGAGUGCAUCGAAAUAGUUGGCCAAUGGAGGAUAAUUGUUUUUCCGUACAGCUCGACUAUCCUACGAUCAUGUUGCUGCCCCACCGGCCAAUGUCGGUGCUACUUCACCCGCGACGCCUGCUGCGAGAACCACAUGAACACAUAACCAGAGAUAGUUUUGUCCAACCUCACACCCAUAGGAUAUUUAUUUGGCGAUAAUUUCGACUGGGAACUCCAUCUUGGCAAACGAAAACAGAAGAUGCGACUUCCUCCGUCUGGAGUCGUCCCAGAAAUCCGCAGUUCCAAUGAGUAGUUUGCGACUGGCAACACAUGUGAGCCAUAAUUUUCGCGGUAGUUGCUCUUGGAUUGCAAGUUGAGUACAUAUUGGCUAUAAGGUACUAUCUUUAAAUUUUAAGAGAAUUCAAAGCUAUCGUCGAAAAAAAACAUCACAUUUAGUUCCAGAAUACUGGGUCCUAAUAUUUAUUUCAAAAUAUAGUCGGAAAAAUAGUAUAUUCA